AAGACACAAACUACAUUUCCCAGAGGUCUACGCUCCUCACAGCCCUGCCCAACCCCUCCAUUGGAACCAAUCAGCGCCGGGCACGCCGGUUUGCACCGCCCCCUUUUCCUCCUCCCGGAGCCUGUCGUCGGGGUUCAGGUGUCUUCGUGAGGGAUCGUUUUGAGAAAGCCAGCUCCUCCUCGUCGUUAUCCCGUGUUUCUCUGAGUCCUCGGUUGGGAAUGGCACGGCGUGUGUCCUUCUCCCCGGUAGCCGUGCUGUUGUCCCUCGGCGCGGCUCUGGUAGCGGCCAGUGAUGUACUGGAGCUCGGGGACUCGGACUUCGACAGCACAGCCGGCCGGCACGACACCAUGCUGGUGGAGUUUUUCGCUCCAUGGUGCGGUCACUGUCAGAAGCUCGCCCCCGAGUACGAAGCAGCUGCCACCAGGCUGAAGGGAUUGGUAACCCUGGCAAAGGUUGACUGUACAGCUAACUCUGAGACCUGCGCUAGGUUUGGGGUGAAUGGCUACCCCACCCUGAAGAUCUUCAGGAAUGGAGAAGAUUCUUCGGCGUAUGACGGGCCCCGAUCUGCAGAUGGGAUUGUGAGCCACAUGAAGAAGCAGGCAAGCCCCAGCUCGGUGGAGCUGAAGACUGCUGAUGAUCUCGACCGGCUCCUCCACAGCUUCGAUGCCAGCGUGGUCGGGUUCUUCUCAGAUGCUGGCAGUGCCCAGCUGGCAGAGUUCCUGAAGGCUGCUGGGGUGCUGAGGGACAGCUACCGAUUCGCCCACACCAGCAUCCCAGAGCUGCUGGAGAGGAACCAGAUCCAAGGAGAAGCCGUGGUGCUGUUCAGACCUCCUCACCUCAACAGCAAGUUUGAGGACAGCUCUGUGCGAUACACCGACGCUGUCUCCACCAGCGGCCUGCGCAGAUUCAUCAAGGAGAACAUAUUUGGUAUGUGCCCACACCUGACCAAUGAGAACAAGGAGCAGCUGAUGGGGCGGGACUUGCUGACUGUGUUCUUCGAUGUGGAUUACCUGCACAACCCCAAGGGAUCCAAUUACUGGAGAAAUAGGGUGAUGAAGGUUGCCUCCAGGUUCGUGUCGGAGGGGAUGCCUCUGAGCUACGCGAUCGCGGACCGCUCUGACUUCUCGUACGAGCUGUCUGAGUUCGGUCUGGGGGCUGGGGAGGGGGAGCUCCCCGUCGUCGCGCUGCGCACUGCUGCCGGGGAGAAGUACGCCAUGCAGGAGGAGUUCACGCGAGACGGGAAGGCUCUGGAGAGAUUCCUGGAGGAUUAUUUCGCCAGGAAGCUGAAGCGCUACGUGAAAUCGGAACCUGUCCCGGAGAACAACGACGGGCCUGUCAAGGUGGUGGUAGCGGAGACUUUUGACGAGAUCGUGAACGACGAGUCGAAGGAUGUUCUGAUCGAGUUCUACGCACCGUGGUGCGGGCACUGCAAGAACCUGGAACCCAAAUACAAAGAGCUGGGAGAGAAGAUGGCAAAUGACCCUAAAAUCGUUAUUGCCAAGAUGGAUGCCACCGCCAACGACGUGCCUCCUAACUAUGACGUGCAAGGUUUCCCUGCGCUUUACUUUGUGCCCAGGGGGAGCAAGGAGUCGCCAAAGAGAUACGAGGGCGGUCGUGAGGUGAGCGAUUUCAUCAACUACCUGAAGAGGGAGGCAGCGAGCACCCCUGUGCUGACCCUUGGAAAGGAAGAUCUGUAAACGAAACGCGGGCUACAGGACAGCCAGUGAAACCUUACCCUGCUGUGCGGCGCCUUUAUAAUAAACUUCCCAGAUAUGGAGAACUC